UAGACACGCCCACCCGCCCACCAUGGACUACGGCGAUGAUGGCAGUGGCGAGCGCAUCCUGUCCAUCCCCACCGAGCAGGGUGAUGUCCCCAUCGACUUGGCAGACCUACCCAUCGACGCAGAGGGCAUCGCCGACAUCGUAGGACUCCUCGCCGCCGACGCACAGCCAGCUCACUACUGGGCCACACUCGCCUACGAGUACCUCGCAAUCAAGCACGAGGAUGUUGCACUCGAGUUCCUCACACGAGGCAGUCACAUCCUCCGCUCUGCUCCUCUCAGGCGAGCUCAAGGCACUGCACUCCUCGACGCAAUGACAGCUGCCGUGUACGCCAACCGUGCUCGAUCUUCGCCAAAGCAGCUCAUCCCCGACGCCCGGUACCAGCCUCUGCAGGGCAGAGGUAUCCAUCCCAAGCAAGCUCACUAUGGUCAGGCUACUCAAUUCACGAACUCUUCAGCUGCGUCAGAUCCCAAGGCUGUCCACUCUCAGCUCUCCAGAGCCAUCGACAUGGCACUCAAAGGAGCAACCCCGGACGCCCAGCGCAUCUUCAAUGACAUUGCAGAGCGACAGCCUCGCAAUUCGCUCGCACUUCUGGGCAAGGCUUGCUGUCUUUUGCGAAAGAGGGACUUCCAGCGAGCUCUACUCAUCUACCAGCAAGUUCUUUCCCUCGUGCUACCUUACGAGGCAAAGGGAGAUUUCACCCGUCCCGACCCUCGCAUUGGUAUCGGACUCUGUCUUGCCGGUAUGGGCAGAACCAUCGACGCUAGGCGUGCAUGGACUCGCUCUGCCGAGUUGUAUCCCAACAAUGCAGCUCCGAGACUGCUCCUGGGUCUCUCGUCCUUCAAUGCUGCCAAGCAAGCGGCUGCUCUGCCUCUUGGUCUCUUUGGUGUGGGCCAGACCACCACGGAGGAGAUGGCGCGAGAGGCUGCACAGGAAGACGGCCUGACCAGCAUGCAGAUGGCCUGGAAGCUCAACAAUCGGAGCGCAAUGGCAGCCGUCGCAAUGGCCGAGCAUUUCACCAAGCGAGCAUAUAUUGCUGCUCAAGAGGGCAACACUGCCAAGGCAGACGCGCAAUUCCAACAAGCCCUCAAGCUGGGUGAGCAUGCCAUCCAGUAUGCUGACGCACGUAGCGAUCUUCUAGCCGCGUGGACAGGAAUUGCUCGCACUGCUCACGUCGCGGUGCUCGCUGCUCGCAACCGUUCCAUCACCCUUGACGAGGUGGAGAUGCGCUCAGUGGCUAUGCGACACUGGACUCGAGUGACGGAAGAUCUGGCACGAGCGCCCGCGCCUGGUAGCGUUCCGGGCACUGUAGGACCGCUACAGGCUCUUGCCUCUCUGAGCCUUGCUCAGCUCCUUUUGAGCCAAAGCGAAGUCGUGGCAGCUAUGCACGCACUCGAAGGUCUUCAACUCGCCAAUCUGCCAUACUUGCCUCUCCAUCUACUUGAGCCGGCCCUCCUGGAGGGCAGCCUACGAGCCACAUCCCAUCCUGGAGCAAGCAAGGAAGAAGCUCAGAGGGAUCGACAGAAAGCUCGCAUCCUGCUCGAAAGGGCAAUGACUCUUGUCGAAGCUGCGACUUCCAUUGUCGAAGGGGGGCUCACAACUACUACUUCCACCGGCCUGGCAGCCCUGACCAAGAAUUCACUACUCACGGAAGCUGCUGGCCAAUCCGCUCUGAUCAAAGCCGGCGCCGUCGGUCAGGAUGCUCUCGCCAAUGUCGAGCUCGCUCAGAUCUUGCAAAAUGGUUCUUCGGCUGCUGACCUCCCGAGGGCAGCCAGACGCUACACAACCGCUCUGAACAUUCUCGUCAAGCAAAGAGAGAGUGGGGACGUCACUAAUUCCGUCCUGGAGAUCCGGCUUCGGGCGAACUUGGGUGCAGUUCUGGGUGUGAGAGCCUUGGAAAGCGCCGUUGGAGCAGGCUAUGGUGGUGCGAUGCGCGAAAGCAUCGACAAAGGAAAUGCUAUCACCCACCCUCUUGUCGAACGGGCUCUCGAGCAUCUACGAGCUUCUCUGGACCUGAUGAAGACUUCGUCCGGCGCAGCCAGCGGCGACGACCAGUUGGAGUUCGAGAAGACCACUGUGAUGUUCAAUGCGGCUCGUCUGCAAGAGUCUUCCUCCCACACGAGCGCCCUGGAAGAUGCUCGCCAGGCCUACGAGACAAUUCUGCAGAUCCACCCAGAGUACAUUGACGCUCGUGUGCGCCUGGCGAUCAUGAUCGCCUCACUGCCUGCUUCUGCCAAUGUCAAGGGCAAAGCGACUCAGAUGGCCAAUGCUUACUUCAAAGAAGCGCUCUCUUCGGAUCCUGCCAACUUGGAUACGAGAGCAGCAUACGUCUGCUUCCUCGGAGGCGCGCUUGGCUCAUCUCCCUACCCGGCUCAGUGGGCGAUGAUCAAGGAUACUCUCGCCGAGCUCUUUCUGGGCGCCAAUGAUCCCAAGGCCGUCAGGACAUUUGGAGGAGCGAGUGCUGCUCGCGCUGUUGCAGAGUCCACUUCCAGCGAUCCGUUCAUCAUGUCCUGCAUGGGCUCAGCGUACUACAAUCUCGGUCGAGAGGCAAAGGACAAGAAGGAGCGCGAUCGCUGCAUGAUUCGAGCUGCCGAAUUCUUCAGUCAGGCUCUGGCUCAUGACUCCAAGUGUGUCGUGGCAGCCCAGGGUCUAGGCAUCAUCCUCUGCGACGACGGGCUAGUUUCCGCCGCAAAGCCUGGCAGUGGCAGUGAGCUUAUCGAAGCUGAGCGUGAGGCUAGGAGGGCUGCCGUGGGAGAAGCACUGGCCGUCUUUACCAAGCUGCGAGAGCUCCGCGAUGACGGUAGCAUUCACGUUUGUCUUGGGCACGCUCUCAGCAAGCGUGAAGAGUGGGAACGCGCAAGCAAGGCGUAUGAGAUUGCUUCAAAGCAGUACUACGAUGACUCGAAUCCUCACGUGCUGACAUACCUGGCCUUUUCGGACUACCAUCUCGGCCUGCAAUUGAAGUCGUACUCGCACCUGCUCAAGAGUGUUGGUCGACUGCAGAGCGCUAGAGGUGUUUACCAGGCGCAAAGGAACGAGCUCGUUGGAGACGCAGAGGGAGCUGGCGCAAAUGGUACCGCAGCUCCCAUCGACUCGUCCAAUCCUCGCAUCCUGUCCCUCGAAGCCGAAAUCAAAUACAACCGCUACAAUGAAGCUGUCAUCAAGCAAAAGGCGCUUCAGAUGAUGCUCGAAGUACGCAAGGAGGAGCGUUCCCUCGAGGAGCUCAAGUCCGCCGCCGAAGGCAUCAAAGAAGGUCUUACCAUCUUUGCUGACCUUGUCCCCUCUGCCCGCGCUGGACAGCUUAACUUCAUCACGGAAGACGUCAUUGAGCAGCGUAUCCAGUACGGCGAGUCGCUCGCUGAGCGUCAAGCCCCGCAGCACAUCGAGGAGCAGCAGACCUUUGAGGCUGAAGUCGCGGCUAAGAGCGAAGCAGUCAAGGCUCUCCGCAACGAGAAGGCUCGGGCACGAGAAGAGGCAGAACGCGCUGCUGCUGAAGAGGAAGCACAGAGGUUGGAGAUGGUCAAGGAGAGUAGACGUAAAGCGAUGGAGGAGGCGAGAGAGUUCCAGUACCGUCUGCCUUCACCGGAGCCAGUCAAAAAGAAGCGCGGCGAAGGUGGUGGCGGUGGUGGUGCUGCUGGUGGAAAGAAGAGGAGGAAGAGGGCUGAAUCGGGUGAGAUUGAGACGGACGAGGAGGAGAGGAGACUCAACGAAGCCGUCGGCAGCGAUGAGGACGAUGCACCUCUCACCGAUGACGAUGAUGACAUCCCUGGUAAGGCUGGUCGUGGAGGGAGCGACGACGAGGAAGAUGCAGCAGCAAAGGCACAACGUCGCGAAGAGAAGAAGUUGCAACGCAAGCGCAACAAGAUGGAAGAGCUUAAAGCCGCUCGAAAGGAAAGUGCAAAACGUCGAAAGAAGGCUGAAAGUCUGGAAGACGGCACUGGUGGUGGUGGCAAGUCUGGCAAAAAGUCAAAGAGUUCCUCUUCCAAGGGCAACAGCAGUCAGAAGUCCAAGAAGAAAAAGAUGAAGAAGAAACGUAUCGUCUCCAGUGAUGAAGAGGAUGAAGAUGACGAUGAGGAUGCUCGAGUUGCUCGGGGCGAUGGGCAGAUCACUUCCGAUGACGAUGAUGAUGAUGAUGGUGAUGAUGAUGAUCGUCGAGGUGGAGGUGCUGGAAAUAGCGAUGAGGAGGAGGAGGAGGAGGAAGAGCAGCCUCAGAGGAAGAAGCAGAGGAAGAGUAGCGCUGCUGGUGUAGGGAGGAAGAGGGCACCAAAAGUGGCGGAUCUGGAUUUGAUUGAUAGUGACGAGGAGAUGUAAGAAAGAACAAAAGGCAAGGAGAGAAAAAAGGUUGAAGAUAGUAAUGCAUUGCAGGACCUCACUUUCUACAUGUGUAUCUGUAAGCUUCUUCCAGCUGCUGGUCCAGUCUCCUGCUCUCUUCGUCAGGUCAAGACCAAUUGCCAUAGCAAAAGCAAACACAGCGUGCAAUAUUCUUCCUCUUCCUAAUCGUCUAUUGUAUUUCUGUAACCCGAUAUGACGUGACAAAGUGGUAGCGUAAUCGUAUGGGUUUGUGCAUGGUCAACCUGA